AUGUAUGCAUUGGGUCGAAUGAGGAACGACAUGAUUUGGUGCAGCGACCUGAUCCAUGGGAGUGACUCAGUGGAGAGUGCUAACAAGGAGAUUGCUUUGUGGUUCCCAGAUGGACCUGUCAACGUCCCUGAUGCAGCCAAACCAAAACAACGUGACAUUGGGAGGAUUUCCGUUACGGGAUUUGACACUGGGAUUCCUGAUGAGGAUGUUGAGAGUGCGUUGAGAAAACAAUUUGCUUCAUGUGGAAAGAUCACUGAUGUUUACAUACAAAAAAGGCCUUGUGUUGCUUACAUUUAUUUCGUGGGAGAGGGCGCAGUAGACAAGGCCUUGGAACUUAGUGGAAGUGACGUGGGUGGAUGGAAUGUCUUUGCUAAGGCUUAUCCGUUUAUGGACAACGAGAGUACGUCCUUAAUUGUUCAAGGAUAUGACACUUCGCUUACUGAAUCUGAGAUUGACCACUUGUCGCGUGAACAUUUCUCUUCAUGUGGAGAGAUCACGAAAGUCAUGAUCUUGAAGAAGCGGGCAGCUGUGGUAGUAGAUAUCAAGGGCUUUGACGCAGUAGACAAGGCCUUGGAACUUAAUGGAAGCAACCUUGGAAAGCGCAAAGUACUUGUUGCGUGUCUUAGUAGACCACCAAGAUACACUGUCAACGAGCGUCUUACAUGCUCACUCCGCGGUCCUCGAUUUCAGAAACGAAGGCUAUGA